AUGAUGAGAGUACAGUCACUGUGUUUCCUUGUGUCAACACUUGUUAUCAUCCUACAUGUAGGAUACGGUCAAGUCAACUUUGAAUACUACUUGUUUGCUGUGACUUGGCCACCAUCGUAUUAUCUGGCGCAAAAAAGUGCUCCACCGAAAGAAUUAGAUGGUUUUACUAUUCAUGGAAUGUGGCCCAAAAUUGCACGUCAUAAAAAUCCAAAGUGUAAAUCGAAAGAACAAUUUGAUAUAGCACAAUUGCAGGGACUACUAGGCGAUCUAAAAAACUGUGGCCAUUUUUGA